AUGCUUGCUCAAGGCAUACGGGAGGCCACAGGCCGCCUGGCGGCAGAUGCAGCCCCAGAGCACCUAAACGAGCUUUUGGUGCUGGGGCUGGCUUUAAAGCAGGACCCGGUAUUCGCAAUCACUAAGGACUUCAUCUUCCAUGCAGCAGCAAACGGUAUCGAGCUUGCCCAGGAGCACCCGGGCACGCGCCUCCUCUCGAACCUGCUCGGCAGCCUUCCGUUGGACGACAAUGUAACGCAACGCAAAUCGCUGGGGGAUAUAGUAUGCCUGGAUAUGCUGGGCAAGCUAUUUCCAAAAAUUGGCCUGGCAAAGAGAAUACUUGCUGUAUUCUAUAGACACCCAUACAGCAUCCGAGACAUAUGGAAGUACACCGGAACCAACUGUGCGCCCGCAGGGAACGCCAUCAUGAAGUACCUUACAGAGUACACGGCUAAGUCGAGAGAGUCUCUUUUCCGGUGCGAACUACUAACAGGGAAUUUCAACAUCGAUAGUUUGUUCCCCCUUUUGCUUGCAGACAACUCAACGGCCCGCAUUGACAAAAUCUGCGAGCUUAUUGUGGAUGUGGAAGAAGAAUAUCUGGAGAUGGCGCGAGACGCCAAGGAAAUCUUUGAACUCCUCCUGUUUCUCGCCAGCUUGAAACACAAAGACACCCCGCCCGAUCUGAUGAUUGCUCUGUGCAGCAGGGUUGAGCUAAAGUCAAUCAAGACGUACAGACGCAGCUAUUAUAUAGACAGCAAUGAAGCCUCUGUGUUUCUGCAGGAUCUGGAGAGGCGCCGGAGCGCUCUGUCGCAGGUGCCCAGCGGAGAAGAGGUGUUCAACGGCAUGGUGGACAUGCUCCAGUCCAUCCUAAAGAGGAAGAAAUAG